CUUCAUUUUUCUCUCCCUUUCUCUUUAUUAUUCAUCUUUUCCACAUCUUUUCAUCUUCUUCAUUAAUAUAAAUCCCAUCCUUUCCUUAAUUCCUUUCCCAACUUCAACAACUCCUUAGCAGUUAGCACCAACUCCUCCCUCCUUUCCCUCCCUCUUUCUCCCUCUUUUUCCAUAACAUAACAAGCUUUCUAGUUGCAGUUCAACUCACCAAACAUCAACUUCUCUUCUCUCUCUCUCUCUAUAUAUUUAUCUUGGUGUUGAUAUUUAUAAUUUUGAUGGGGAACUACAUCUCAUGCACGUUAACAACAUCUCUUGGAAACCAAAACAAAGGAGCAAAAGUGAUAUUCAAAGAUGGAACACUGAAACAGAUCCAAAGCCCAACAAACGCAGCUGAACUCAUGUUUGAAAAUCCCAACCACUUCCUUGUCAACUCAAGAUCAAUGGAAGUUGGCCGGAGAUUCUCACCGCUGGCCGCCGAUGAGGAUUUGGAGUCCGGCAAUGUUUAUGUUAUGUUCCCUAUGAAAAGGCUCAAUGCAGUGAUCACAACUGGUGAUAUGGGUCGGUUACUCAUGGCUGCUAACUCAGCUCUCCGCCGAGCUUCCGGUGGGAGGACUAGAGUGUUGCCAGAUUUCCAUCAAGCAGCGCCGGAGUUGGUGGUGGUCAAUCAGGAUGAAGAUAUAGAGGGGAGAAUUAAGAUGGGUACUGAGGAUGAAGAUGAAGGUUGUUGUUCAUCAUCAUCAUCAUCAUCAUCAUCAUUAUCCAUGCUUGAGUUUAAGUAUAGGUUGAGUGUUUGCAGGUCUAGGAAACCAUUGUUGGAAACCAUUGCAGAAGAGAACAUUUGCUCAAGAUGAUCACAUAUUAUAUAUUAUAUAUAUAUAUAUAUGUGAUUUGUAGAAUUGUAUUAUUUCUCUUGAUUCUGUUUGUAUUAUUUAUAUAUGGUAUAUGAAUUACUGUGGUGAGUAAGGAAGAACUAUAUGAGAGAAUUAAUGUGUUGUUGGAAUUGAGGAUGUGAAUUGAUAGAA